GGGAUUCCGGCCGCCCCGGCAGGACAGACAGCCCCGGGGUCUGAAGGGGCUCUAAUAUGAACUGUCUCCCUGGGAUCUGCCUUGCUGUUGCCCUGCUCCUGUGCGGGGCCACCCCGCCGGUCACCUCCUCAUGGUGGUACAUGGGGGCGGUGGGGUCGCCACGGGUCAUGUGCGACAAUGUGCCGGGCUUGGUGAGCCGCCAGCGGCAGCUGUGCCAGCGGCACCCCGAGGUGAUGCGUUCCAUUGGGCAGGGUGUGGCCGAGUGGACAGCAGAGUGCCAGCACCAGUUUCGCCAGCACCGCUGGAACUGCAACACGCUGGACCGGGACCACAGCCUCUUCGGGAGGGUCCUACUGCGCAGUAGUCGGGAGUCUGCCUUUGUCUAUGCUAUCUCCUCUGCUGGAGUUGUUUUUGCUAUCACAAGGGCAUGUAGUCAAGGAGAAUUAAAAUCAUGCUCCUGUGAUCCUAAGAAGAAAGGGUCUGCCAAGGACAACAAAGGCCAUUUUGAUUGGGGUGGUUGCAGUGAUAACAUUGACUAUGGCGUCAAAUUUGCCAGAGCAUUUGUAGAUGCCAAAGAAAGGAAAGGAAAAGAUGCCAGAGCAUUAAUGAACCUUCACAACAACAGAGCUGGAAGGAAGGCUGUAAAGAAGUUUUUGAAACAGGAGUGCAAGUGUCAUGGCGUGAGUGGAUCUUGUACUCUAAGAACUUGCUGGCUGGCCAUGGCAGACUUUAGGAAAACAGGAGAUUAUCUGUGGAAGAAAUACGAAGGAGCAAUUCAGGUGGUCAUGAAUCAAGAUGGCACUGGGUUCACGGUGGCUAACAAGAGAUUUAAGAGGCCCACCAAGAAUGAUCUAGUAUACUUUGAGAGUUCUCCAGACUACUGCAUCAGAGAUAGGGAUAUAGGUUCUGUAGGGACAGCGGGUCGGGUUUGUAACCAAACCUCCCGAGGGAUGGACAGCUGUGAGGUGAUGUGCUGUGGAAGAGGGUAUGACACUACACGCAUCAGCAGGAUGACCAAAUGGUUUUGUGGAUCUUCAUCUGUAGCGUUUGGUGCGGACUCCUGUCAGAGACCAUGGCAGCAAACUAGAGAGGCCACUGGUUUGAUCCUGUGUAGACAUUCCUAACAGAAAGAACUGAAGAUACCCGUCUCUACUCUGCCUCUAUAUUAAAUCACUGCUUUGCUAACGUUGUGCUUUUUUUUUCUGUCCCCUGUUGUAAUCACACCCAAGAUUGUUUUUGGUGCUGGAAUUUAUUCCAUAUUAUAAAUCUUUGUCUCUCAGUGAUCUUCAGAAUUGUUAAAAAUACUCAAAUACUUCCUUGUAAUACUUAUAAACCUAUUUCUUUAAGGAUUAGAAAACAAAACUGUUCUUUGACUUGACUGAUUUGAAAUUGCUUUCCC